AUGGCCUCGGGCGCUGGACCUACUACGCUCGCUCAUCGAAGCGUCGCUAGUAUCCGUGGAGGUCCUUCUCAGGGGCCAGGUCCCUCUACUCCACAUACGCCAAACCGCUCUUCUGUUGUACCAAGCUAUGGCUCACCAUCAGCCAUCCGUGCAGACGACGAGUAUAUCAUUGUUGAGAUAGGUUCACGGCAUAUCAGAGUCGGCUUUGCGGGUGAUACGUCUCCAAAAGCAACCCUUCAGUGCAGCCCCGAAGAUCAACGGCGAGCUGGAGAUUUUAGAGGCUUGCAGCAACCAAAUCGGGCUGCUGGGCUACAAUGGGCAAAAGAGCAUGAGUUUUGGCGAUAUGACUUGAGAGAUAUCGAGCUCGGCUUGUUCCAGGACAAGUUGGGACGUGUGCUGCAUGAUGCCUUCUCGAGAUACCUACUCAUCGACUCUCGACCAAGAAGAAUUGGUGUGGUUUUGGAUUCUGGCGUACCAAUACCCCUAUUAACAGCUACUCUGGAUAUCAUGUUCAACAGAUUUCAGUCACCAACAGUGUCACUAAUGUCAACCCCCGCAAUGUCGGCUAUUUCAGCAGGUGUCCGAUCUGCUAUAGUUGUCGACAUGGGUUGGGCAGAAACUGUGGUCACCAGCAUCUAUGAGUAUCGGGAGGUCAAGACUACACGCACAGUCCGGGGUGGCAGAGCUCUUCUCGAUUCACUCUAUUCGACCAUGGAGAGUUUAAUACCAGGACAGCACGAUGCCACCAAAAAGAGGGCGAUCAGUUUCAAAGAAUGCGAAGAUAUCAUGUGCCGCUUGAUGUGGUGCAAGCCAUCAGAGUUCCGUUUAUCUCAGCGACAGUCAACUCAGCUGGAAACCGUGGAUGAGCAAGAAGAAAUUGAAGCCGAGUCAGCGGAAGCUGGUGGCCCAACUGGUGUUGUCCAAAUACCCAUCAACACAGGGCCUCGCCCAUUGACAGUGGAGCUUCCGUUUGAGAAACUCGCUGAGAUCUGUGAUGACACCUUUUUCGACCCUUCAGCAGAUCGAGCAACGUUCGAUGACGACGAGCUACCCUUGCAUCUGCUAUUGUACAAGCAUCUAUUACAGUUACCCCUUGAUGUACGAGCUAUCUGCAUGUCACGGAUUAUGUUCACAGGGGGCUGCUCCAACAUCUUGGGCAUCAAGCAACGAAUAAUCGAUGACCUAACAGCCAUUGUGAAAAAGAGAGGAUGGGAACCAGUAUUUGGGAAAGUUGUGGACAAGCAUAGGAACACUACUAGACUCCAUCGACAGUCCAGUGCCACAUCUCCAACAGAAGGAUCACCACCCUUGAAGCAAGCCGAAGACGAGGGGGUCAAGUCUCCCAAGAGUGCAGCUGAUACAAAGCAUGAGCACGAUCCAAUCGAGGCAAAGGUUGCACGACAGCGAGAGACAGUACAGCAGGUCAAGGGUCAAAUACGCGUGGUUCAUACCCUUGGACCAUGGAUCGGUGGAAGCUUGCUUUGCCAACUCAAAGUACCCGCCAUGGCAGUAAUCGAUAGGGAUGCUUGGUUACAACAUGGCGCCAGUGGAGCUUCUCGGCCUAGUGAUGUUGAUUACAAGGUACAGCAGAGACAGAGCAUGCAGGCUGGAGGAUAUGGCCGAGGAGGUUACGGCAACUGGACAUUGGGUGUCUGGGGCUCGAUAUGA